AUACUUGGAAGAAUGGAAGGUCGGAUAGUUGACAAAGUUGUCGUUUUUGGAAAAUAAAGAAUAUCCACGAAUGUCGGUCCGGGUUAUAUCGGAUCCUGUCUAUUUCAAACAUCCCCCAAAAUUCCUUACACAAUUGCAGGUCAGGGUUCCAUAAAUUCUCGAAAAUUUAAUCUACUUUGUAUACUCACCACGAUCAUCAAUUCAUCAUCAAACUAGUUGUCGAAAAAAAUGGAGGAACAGUUCAUACUGAGAGUGCCACCGUCUGUCGCAGAGCGUAUAAAUCGUCUUUUAGAUGAGAGCACAUCGGACGACAAGUCACUUGAUUUGUCUUUCUCUGAUGAUGGGAGGAGUGGCACAUUCGCAAUAGGUGAUGACCAUUUUUCUGCGUCUCUCUUGGACCUUCCUUGCAUCGUGGAAUCUUAUAAGACUUAUGAUGACAGUGUUCUGAUCAAAACUGCAGACGUUGGCCAAAUGAUUAUGGUCAGAGAUGAGGGUGAUCCUGCUCCAGAUGUGGUGGAUUAUCGCCAUGGUCUUACCCCACCAAUGAGAGAUGCUCGGAGACGAAGAUUUAGGAGGGAACCUGAUCUAAAUCCUGAACUUGUCCGGCGAGUUGAGAAAGAUCUGCUGAACAUCAUGAAUGGCCGAACAGCUGAAAAUUUUGAUAAGGAAAUGGCUGGGCAAGAGGAAGGUGGUGAUGAGAGUGCUCGCAAUGACAAGACAAAUUCAGCACCAGCACCAGCACCCGCUGCAAAACCUGGUGUUUCAGAGGCUGGAACAAAUGCUGCAGAGCCCGAGAGAAGUGAUACUGACGAGUCUGAUGAUUCAAUGUAACAUGUACAUGUAUCUAUGUCAAUACGCGUGUAUAUAAACACACUAAACCUGCACAUUGAAUAAAAUUUAUGUAAUAUCGUGGUCUGCGGCGUCAA